AUGGGUCGGGUUAUCAGGGCACAAAGGCGCUCGCACGCCAUCUUCAAAUCCCACACUCACCACAACAAGGCCCCCGCCCGUCUGCGUAACCUCGACUUCGCAGAGCGCAACGGCUACAUCCGCGGUAUCGUUAAGGAGAUCAUCCACGACGCCGGGCGUGGUGCUCCCCUCGCCCGUGUAGUCUUCCGUGAUCCCUACCGCUACAAGCAGCGCACCGAGACCUUCAUCGCCACCGAGGGCCUCCAUACCGGCGCCUUCGUUUACUGCGGCAAAAAGGCCACUUUGGCCGUCGGCAACGUCCUCCCCGUCGCCCAAUGCCCUGAGGGAACCAUCAUCUGCAACGUCGAGGAGAAGACCGGUGACCGCGGCGCGCUUGCCCGCACCUCUGGCAACUACGCCACCAUCAUCGGCCACAGCCCCGACGACAACAAGACCCGCAUCCGUCUGCCCUCUGGCGCCAAGAAGACCGUCUCGGGAGACGCCCGUGCCACCGUUGGAAUCGUUGCUGGAGGAGGAAGGAUUGACAAGCCCUUGUUGAAGGCUGGUCGUGCGUACUACAAGUUCAAGGCCAAGCGCUACAACUGGCCUCGUACUCGUGGUGUGGCUAUGAACCCCGUGGACCAUCCUCAUGGUGGUGGUAACCACCAGCAUAUCGGAAAGGCUUCCACCAUUGCCCGCUCCGCUGUUCCUGGACAGAAAGUCGGUCUCAUUGCCGCUCGCAGGACUGGUCUGCUACGUGGUACCGUCAAAGUCAAGGAAGUUUAG